ACACUGAACUCUCCAUAAAAUGUCGGACACAAAGGGUGGUGGCAAUGCGCCGCCACUGUUCCAGAAGGGAACGGCGGUCGAACCGAUGACUCCAGUCGAUAAAACGCUGAUCGAAGACGAAAAAAAGAGGUGGAUAAAUAAAAGUUUGAUAUCCUUGAAAGCAGUGAUGUUCUUCUUUUUUGCAGGUCUGGGAUGCAUUGUGCCAUUUUUGCCUUUGCAUAUGCCAGCCAUUGGCCUGACGAUGACAGAAACCAAAAUUAUAACAGUGACGGCCGCUUUCAUUUCCGCUUUGGGGCCACUUAUAGCUGGUCCAUUGGCAGAUAGAUUGGCCGCGAGAAGGGGCACCAAUGGAGGAGGAAAGCAUUUGAGAACUAUGGCAGCUAUUGCCAUGAUCUUGGCAGCCCUAUUUUAUUGCCUGCUGUUGGCUGUGCCAUCGGUAAAUAGGAUAGAGGCAAGAAGACCUUCGGUUAGAUUCAAUUGUGAUCAAAAUGGAGCAGUCAUAUUGCAAGAGAGAUGCACCGAAGAAAAGACAUGUUAUCAUUGGAAAAAUGAUAAGAUGGGAUCACUAUUGCUAUCAAAUUGUCGCUACGCAUGCGACAGGGCCGAUAGCCGACCCCGUUCAGUGGCGCCCUUGGUACAAAAUGCUCCUCAAAGCAAAUCAGUGGCGCCGUCCAACAGUCAGGGAUCAUCUUCAGCAGAAUACGAUGCGGAUUACUAUGACGAGACCGAAGAGGACAAUGUCGGCACAGAGGUGGAAACGAGACGAAGACGGAGGCAGAGCAACAGAUAUCCUCAUCCAGAACCACCUCAUUUAUGCCAAGCUCGGGAUGAAGAUUCAGCCAAAUCAUCAAGAAGUACCUGCCAAGUUUUUACCAGAGACACGAAACAACUUAAAGUGCAGGUGACUUUGCAUGGUGCAACGAAUAAAGAAGAAAAAAGCGAUGAAACAACGGACACCAUGGCCGUGGGUGAUGAAAAAGACCAUGCCGAAGAAUGGUGCAGAUAUCCAGUCGGUGAUUAUUUCCGUUGUCGCAUACCGCCAAAGAAUAGGCUUAUGGCAUCAAAUCCAGAAAUAUUUACAUAUGGCAAUGCCACCCACAAAGACGAUUGCUCUAAUCUCAUUGUUGAAUGUUCGGUGGACGAUCCAUAUGAAGCUGAAGGCAGCGUCAUGGCCGAUAGUCAGUGCAUGCACGUUUUUGGAGAUCCUGACUUAACCUUCUGGCUUUACCUUGUUUUGAGAUGCAUAGCUGAUUGUUGUCCAUUAGCAGCAGUAGCCCUUUUAGGAGCAGCAGCAGUCAUUGCCACUCGUGAGACCUCUGAAGGACGUGGUGAUGUAGGAAGACAAUUGGCUUGGGGUGCCUUGGGUUGGGGUGCAAUGGUUCCUCUCUUCGGUUGGAUUCAGCAAGAUGUACUACCAAAAGAUACACUGCCAUUUGUUCUACCAAUAGCUGUACAUGCUGGAUUUGUAUUGAUUGCAGCUCUGAUACUGAUUUGUGCCAAUGGUAUGCCCUUAUCGCCCCCUGAAUGGUGGUGGCACACAAAAUCAGGAAUGUUGGCAGUUCCAAUGUCUGCAGUGCGCAAGUACGGACCAGAAACUUCAGCUUUAUGCCUCGUUUUGGUGCUUUUGGGAACUGCUUGGUCUGCUUUGGAUACAUAUCAACCAUGGCACCUGGAAUCAUUACAAGCACCAUAUUUGUUACAAGGAUUGGCCCUAACAGUUGGCGCUAUUCCAUCAAUUCCUCUCCUGUGGUUUGCAGAACCAUUGGCUGAUCAUUGUGGACAUGCAAACUUAUUGAUGACCGCAUUUGCAGUUCAUGCUUUGAGAUAUUUGGGCCUUUCAGCGAUUGAAGACACUCCACCAUGGACAGCUUUAGCCUUAGAAGCUUUAGAACCACUGUCUCUAGGUCUGGCUUGGGCCGUUGCGAUGAUGUACAUGCGCCAUCUCGUACCGAGAAGGUUGACUACGACUGGACAAGCGUUACCAGUGGCGGCGCACUUCGCUUUGGGACGUGGAUUUGGCGCUCUGAUCGGUGCCUUAGUAAUUCAAGGCAAAUUCAUCCCUCGGACAUUGGAAUCGAUGAGAACCAUGUACUGCGCCAUGGCGGUCGCCUGCUGCGUAGUGGCAGCCUUAUAUUUCGUUCUGUAUCAUUUCCUUCUUGCGCCAAAAUGCGCAGCAAGGGCACAGGCACCGCCUUCGCCUGAAGUUAUGCGGGCUAUGAACAUCUCCGGAAGCGGAAACGGAGCCGGAAAUUACACACCGCUCCGGGUGUACCACAACGGAAGGGGAAGAAAGGGCCAUUUUAGAUAUUAAGUAAUAAUAAACGCACGAUAAAUAUUUAAUAUUUAUGAAAUACCUACACAGCGCACCAAACCACUGCGAUACAACAUAAUGUGUUCGAAAUAUUACAGUAUUUAAUAAUCCAUGACAGGUGAUAAAAAUAAUAUCAUUUAUAAUAAUAAUAUCCAGAAGCAGAAUCCACAAAAUUAAAAAAAAUAUCUGUGGUGGGUGUGCGACAUAUGUUUUCCAAAGUAUUUUUGAUGUCUGAACUCGAACCUAAAGUCAAAAUUGGGAAUUGAACUGUAAAAAACGAGGAAAAAAUAAAAAAA